AUGCCCUUGUCUUGUCUUCACUUCUCAUCAACAGCUCAACAGCUAGAUGAAAAAGAAGGAAGAUGUGGCAUAGAAAACAUAGCAGAAGCAACCACAGAUCAUGUGCAUCAGGAAGAAGUCAUAAUCCCGAAGUCUCCCCAUGACUACGCUCCACCGGUCCAACAUCCCAUACCUGCAACUGCCAAAUCUUGUAAAAGAGAAGAAGAAAAUAACACCGGAUACAUCGACUUCAAGCAAAUGGCCCUUGUCCAAUUCGCAUGCCAAAAGGAAGUAGCGAAACCAUUGCCUAUAUGA